GCCCCCUCCUCCCCCUCCUCCGCCAUCUCCCCCUCCUCCCCAUCCUCCUCCACGGCCAGAGAGGGGGUCAGCGGAGAGAGGACACCGUCAGACCGUACAGAAGGUAAUGCUGCUCGUCUCCAGAGGCGAACACGUGUCUCUGAGUCUCACUGGUCAGUGUGUGACAGCACAGCCCUAUCAGUGGUUUCUGACCCCCAGACUGACAGCCAGGAGGUUUUAACCCAGUCACACAGUAUAGUGGAGAGGGAAGAGUCUCUCAGUCACCCCCAGACUGACAGCCAGGAGGUUUUAACCCAGUCACACAGUAUAGUGGAGAGGGAAGAGUCUCUCAGUCACCCCCAGACUGACAGCCAGGAGGUUUUAACCCAGUCACACAGUAUAGUGGAGAGGGAAGAGUCUCUCAGUCACCCCCAGACUGACAGCCAGGAGGUUUUAACCCAGUCACACAGUAUAGUGGAGAGGGAAGAGUCUCUCAGUCAGGAAGACAGUGAGGAGACAGACAGAGUCCCGGAAGAGACAGGAACAGUGGUGGAGGAGAGGAGGGAUAGUGGUUCAGAAACCAGGACAGAGACAGAGGAGAGGGAUAGUGGUUCAGAAACCAGGACAGAGACAGAGGAGAGGGAUAGUGGUUCAGAAACCAGGACAGCGACAGAGGAGAGGGAUAGUGGUUCAGAAACCAGGACAGAGACAGAGGAGAGGGAUAGUGGUUCAGAAACCAGGACAGAGACAGAGGAGAGGGAUAGUGGUUCAGAAACCAGGACAGAGACAGAGGAGAGGGAUAGUGGUUCAGAAACCAGGACAGAGACAGAGGAGAGGGAUAGUGGUUCAGAAACCAGGACAGAGACAGAGGAGAGGGAUAGUGGUUCAGAAACCAGGACAGAGACAGAGGAGAGGGAUAGUGGUUCAGAAACCAGGACAGAGACAGAGGAGAGGGAUAGUGGUUCAGAAACCAGGAUAGAGACAGAGGAGAGGGAUAGUGGUUCAGAAACCAGGACAGAGAUAGAGGAGAGGGCCAGCCAUGUUGGCACCUUACAGGUGGUUGGCAUCAGUGAGACAGACUCUCACCAUGAUGCCCCUGAGGCCUCCACAGGCCAAUCAAACACUCCCCAAGGAGAGGACCAGGCAGUGAACACUCUGACCGAGACUCUCAUACACUUAGUCCCCACUCCCACUCCCACUGACCACCAACCACACUACGCACCAGCAGAGAACAUAGACACACCUUCCACUGAAUCAGAGGAGCAGAGAUCGGAGGACGAGGAGGAGGAGGAGGAGGAGGAGGAAGAGGAGGAGAACCACUCAGCUACUGAGCCCCAAGAGAAAGAAGAGACAGGCCCCAUUCAGCCAGAAGAACCUGUGUUAAAAUCCUGUUCCAUGGACAAGCCAUCCACUGAAACCAACCACAGAGACCCAGAACUACAGCGGACCCCAGCAGUGAUGUUUCACGACCCUCCUCCUCCCUCUCUCCAACUACACCAGUCCCCAGCCCAGCUAACCCAGUCCCCAGCCCAGUUAACCCAGUCCUCAGCCCAGUUAACCCAGUCCCCAGCCCAGCUAACCCAGUCCCCAGCCCAGUUAACCCAGUCCCCAGCCCAGCUAGCCCAGUCCCCAGCCCAGUUAACCAGGUCCUACUCCCAGUCCAGCCAGUGUUCCCAGUCCCCAGCCCAGCUAACCCAGUCCCCAGCCCAGUUAACCAGGUCCUACUCCCGGUCCAGCCAGUGCUCCCAGACACUGACAGAGGCCCACAACAUUAAUGCUGCUGUCCUCAGUUCUGGGGUGCUCUGUCUGCCUGGAACAAGAGAUAAGGGAGGUCGGGCCCUGGUGACCGUGACAACUAGGAACACCGUCUGGUUGAACCCCAGCUGUGACUGUGGAGAACUGGUCAGAAUCCUGGUCUACUACUGCACAGUGCUCAGGAAGGAGGUGCGUUCCCUAGGGUUGACAGUCCUGGUGGACUCACGGAGGUGUUCCCCUGUCCCCGCUCUGUUUAAAGCCUUCAACAUACUACAGGAUGCUAUGCCCGGCUGUAUCUACACUGUCCUGUUACUGGCUGACAGAGACCUGGUUCUACGCCGGGAGAAACCCUCAGCCGUACAGGUGGAGUUGUUGACCUCUCUGAAGUCUCUCCAUAAGCAUGUGGAGGUGUCUCAGCUGCCUACUGAGUUUGACGGAACCUUCCCCUUUUCACACAGCUCCUGGAUCUGCUUCAGAAUGAGAGUGGAACAGCUAACCAGUCACUGUGAGGACGCUGUCAACCUUCUACAGAGUACCAUCGCUGAUCUGGAGUCUGCUGUCCUGCCGACUACCGCUGAGGAGGCCCAGGUGUUACUUGCCAGGUACAGGGGUGUGAUGUGUAGCGUCCUGGAGGACAGCCGAUUGGCUAGAUUCCAGCUGGAGGGAGGAGCCAACCUGUCCCGCCUCCGUAAAGAGGAAACCAGUGUCAGCCUCAGCGACGACUACAGAGAUGCCGUAGAGGUUGUGGCUGGUCUGUAUGAUCAUGUGGAUGAGCUGGUUCACAAGCUGGUGAUGCUGUCCAACCAACGCACUCAGGAACUGGACUUUAUCAUGGAGUUCAAGAGGCUGGAGCUGGGAUUCAAGGAGGUGAGUGACUGGAUUGAGGAGGUAGGAGAGAGGCGUCUGAGAACACUCGGAGAGCUGGAGGAUUCUCUGGAGCAGCUGCACAGCAAACAGACCCUCUUCAGAGACUUCUACACUGCUGCUUACGAACACUGUAAGGGAGGUGAGGCGCUGCUGAAACGUCUAGAACGCUGGGAAGACUUGUCGUCAGCCGAGUUGCAGUUGUACGAGGUCAAAGUUCGAUCCUUCUGGGUCCACCUGCACGACUUCUCCCAGAGGGUAGAAAACACCAAGACCAACAUCGACAAGACCGUACGUCUCUAUGAGUUCUUCGACAAGGCGUAUGAGUGGGCGUUGGAAGGGAUGCGUCACCUGGCCAGCAUCAGCAUGGAGGACUGCACGGUGCCCGACAAGAGCCAGGGGGUGAUCAGCUGUCUGGAGGGGUACCGCCGGCAGCACCCCCCGAUCCCCGACCUCCGCUUCCAGGAGAUGAAGGAGCUGGCCGGGGAGAUGAAGAGCGAGCAGGGCCUCAAACAGUGGAAGUUCGCCUGGUCCAAGUGCCAGGAGACCAAGCAGGUGUUUGAGAAGAAGCUGGAGGCCGCUCUGAGGACGAGGCGAGCCCUGCCCACGGGAGAGUCGCCCGGGUCGGGUACAACAACGGGUACAGGGAAGGACGGCGGGGCAGGGGAUGCCACCCCCAGACGUUUCUCUGACGUUAACAGUGGCGUGGGACAGAAGAGGAGCAGCAGUGUGUCAUACGCCUGUAGAAAGGCCUUUAGUGGCGUGUGGGGGGUCAGAGAGAGGCUCUCCUCCAGCUCUGCCUCAGCUCAGUCGGUCUGCAGCCUCAGACAGGAGACAGCAGGAGCCAAGACACCCCUAACCUCCUCUCCCUACAGUCUGGUGCACAGGCUCCCCCUCACCCCCAAGACACCCCCAACACACCCCCAAGACACCCCCCUCACCCCCCAAGACACCCCCUACACCCCCCUCUCCACCCAGCGCCUCACCCGUAGCACUUCCUCCGAGGAGUCGUCCCACGGGGCCCGUAUUGAAGCGCAGGGCCGCAGCUCCUCUUGCUCCUUCUCCCCCUCCCUGACCCCCCUGGAGCCAAGCUCCGUCCCGAACCCUGCUCGCCGACCGCCGCUCCGAAAGACCCAGAGCUUCGACUGCCAGGCCCCCGUCCCUGCCGUCCCUGACUCCUUCCGCUACGGGACCUGUCAGCGUACGCUGAGCGAGCCGGUGCGGCGUGGGAACACUGGGGUGUUUAUUAAAGGCCUGGAGGUCAGUAGUAGGGAGGUGGCUGAGCGACCCUACUCCCCCAGAAUGACGCCUCCUGGCUGGGCAGCAGGAGAGGCACGAAGGACCCCCCCCACCAGCACUACCAGUAGUCCUGUAGCAGAGACCCGCGCCAAGGGCAGUAAGCUGCGUCACAUCGUGGAUGAAAUGGUGACCACGGAGAGGGAGUACGUGCGUUCCCUCUGUUACAUCAUCGAGCACUACUUCCCCGAGAUGGAGAGAGGAGACCUCCCACAGGACCUCAGGGGAAAACGGAGCGUCAUCUUUGGGAACCUGGAGAAACUUAUGGACUUCCACAGCCAAUACUUCCUCAAGGAGUUGGAGAGCUGCUGCAACCACCCUCUGAGGGUGGCACACUGCUUCCUACGACACCAAGACGCGUUUGGCCUGUACGCUCUGUACAGUAAGAACAAGCCAAGGUCUGAUACGCUGUUGGCCAGCCACGGAAACAGCUUCUUCAGGAACAAGCAGCUGGAGCUGGGAGAUAAGAUGGACCUGGCCUCCUACCUGUUAAAGCCCAUCCAGAGAAUGUCUAAGUACGCCCUGCUCCUCAAAGACCUGAUCAAGGAGGUGAGCGAGGCGCAGGAGACAGAGCUGGGCUACCUCCAAGCCGCUGCAGAGAUGGUCAAGUUCCAGCUGCGUCACGGCAACGACCUGCUCGCCAUGGACGCCAUCCGAGACUGUGACGUGAACCUGAAGGAGCAGGGUCAGCUGGUCAGACAGGAUGAGUUCUGGAUCUGGUACGGCAGGAAGAAGUGUCAGCGCCAUGUCUUCCUGUUUGAAGACCUGGUGCUGUUCAGUAAACCCAAACGCAUCGAAGGAGGACUGGACGUUUACAUCUACAAACACUCCUUUAAGACGGCAGACGUGGGGAUGACAGAGACAUCUGGGGACAACAGUCUUCGUUUCGAGGUGUGGUUCAGACGCAGGACCAGUAAGAACCAGACGUACGUUCUGCAGGCCUCCAACACAGACAUCAAACACGCCUGGACCACCAACAUCGCACGUAUCCUCUGGCAGCAGGCUACACGGAAUAAAGAGAUCCGUAAUCAGGAGAUGGUUUCCAUGGGAGUGGGUAACAAGCCGUUCCUGGACAUUAAACCCAGUGAUGCUGCGAUCAACGACAGGGCUAUAGACUACAUCAUGAAGGGACGAGGUGCCAGAACUCGAGCCUCCAUCGCUGUGUCCCUGUUCGACCACUCCAACCCCUUCAAGCGUACAGCGUCGGGUAACGGGGGGUCUGGCAGCGGGGCCCCUGCUGCAUCUGGCUCCUGCACUCUCCUGGGGCCCCUCAACCUGCACAUGUACAGCAGCCACAGCCAGGCCCUGCUGCCUGGGGGAGAGAGGCCCUUCAUCAGCCCGUGUAUGGAGGAGGACGAGAUGGAGCACGAGACCAGCAGCCAGCCAUCCAUGACUACAGAGAGCUCAGGUUCAUCGUCCCACUGUCUGUCCGGCAGCGGCUCCAGUGGUUCAGACAGUGGCUGUGUGUCCAGCCACCUCCCUGAGGAUCCCUCGUUCCCCUGCCGACCCCCGUCCGACGCUGUAACGUCCCCCAGCCUCCCCAAAGACAAGCCGCGUUACAACAGCCAGUACAUAUCAGCUGUCUGAUAUCCAGGAAGACACUAUUUCCACGCCAAGGAAGACAGACGAGACAAAUAUGUAUUUAUUUUCUCGCGUUGCCAGCAGCAACUCUCAUCUCACAUGGACACUGAAAAGACCUGGGACUGUUUUAUAAAAAGAAAAAGCCACUUUUGAGCAUAGCUUUUAUAUUGUUUAAAAAAAAGAAGAAAGUUAAUUUAAAUAUAGUUAUAUUUUUCUUUUCUCCAAAAGUACUGGUGUGUGCAGUAGGUUUUUUUCUGUAGUAUAUUGGUUAUUUUGUAAAUAAUUAUUUUAAUAGUUUCCUGUGAAUUUAUGAACGGUUGGUUUCUUCCUCUUGUCUUGUUGACCACUUUUACUACAGACUGCAACUUCUGAUUCACCUGUUGAUUGAUGAUAAACCCUGGGAUGAAAGGCUAGUUCUGAAUCACCUGUUGAUUGAUGAUAUACCCUGGGAUGAAAGGAUAGUUCUGAAUCACCUGUUGAUUGAUGUUAUACCCUGGGAUGAAAGGCUAGUUCUGAUUCACCUGUUAUACCCUGGGAUGAAAGGCUAGUUCUGAUUCACCUGUUAUACCCUGGGAUGAAAGGCGAGUUCUGAUUCACCUGGUGAUUGAUGUUAUACCCUGGGAUGAAAGGAUAGUUCUGAAUCACCUGUUGAUUGAUGUUAUACCCUGGGAUGAAAGGCUAGUUCUGAUUCACCUGUUGAUUGAUGUUAUACCCUGGGAUGAAAGGCUAGUUCUGAUUCACCUGUUGAUUGAUGAUAUACCCUGGGAUGAAAGGCUAGUUCUAAUUCACCUGUUGAUUGAUGAUAUACCCUGGGAUGAAAGGCUAGUUCUGAUUCACCUGUUGAUAUACCCUGGGAUGAAAGGCUAGUUCUGAUUCACCUGGUGAUUGAUGUUAUACCCUGGGAUGAAAGGCUAGUUCUGAUUCACCUGUUGAUUGAUGUUAUACCCUGGGUGAAAGGCUAGUUCUGAAUCAGGCAGGAUACUAUUCAAAGGCAACAUGUUUAUUUUUUCAAAAGGCAGCAUUCUGGUACGACUCUUUCACAGUGUCUUCACAUAAUAUCUGUUCUGUGGUCAGAUUCCUCCAUCUUGUUUUACUGUGGUGGUGUUGUUGUUGUUGUUGUCACUUCCUUAGUACCUCCUGUAGCUGGUCAGGUCUGACUAAGGGUGUAUCCCAAAUAGCAACCUAUUCAUUAUGUAGGUGAUUACUGUUGACCAGAGACCUAUGGCCAAAAGCUCUGGUCAAAACUAGUGCACUAUAUAGGGAAUAAGGUGGUAUUUGUGAUGCGCACCCUGACUCCAGGUCAGUUUCCUGACAGGUCAGAGCCAGUGGGUCUGUGGAUCUGUCCUCUCAGCUGUGUGACUCGGGGCUGUUGUGCUGUAGAACGGGACGAGGACAACGAUACACACUGAGAGGCUACUUUCACCUACAGAGUUUCAAAUGCUUUAAUGUUUUAAAAAAGAUGGCAUAAAGGAAAAACACCUAAAAUGUACAUUGUCUGUCUGUAAAUAUUUUCACCAGUGGUGCUCUUUGGUUGUAGUAUUGUGUAGGAGGAAGCUGAGGAAGACUGUGGUAACGUUGUACAUAUAGGUAUUAACCAGCAGGGAAGCAGCGGGGAAUCACCCUUCUCAAACAUACAACAUGACUUUCCACUAGUCGAAGCUGGAGCACGAACGUCUCAUCACCUGUCAUCUCUCUUCAUCCUAACAAGUUGAAACGUUUUAAUAAAGAUGGAUUGCUUUGUAUCCAGAA